GGUCUCAUAACGCGUGAGUUGUAGUAUUCUCUAACUGUAUCUAUGCCGGUAUUUAUGAUUAUCGCUGGCUUACUGUUGAUUUAAUCUUUGUUUAUUACUAAGCAAAAUAUAUAAAGUUCUCACGAAGUAGUAAUCAAAAGGAAGAAAAAAACAAACUAGGAACUAGUAUAGCCUGCAGACAGUUGUUCGUUUUGUUUGUUGUGGUUGUGUAGUGUUCCACAAUGAAAGCGGUAAUUCAACGAGUUAUUCGUUCCAGUGUUUCUGUUGAAGAUGAAGUAAUCAGUUCAAUUGGGAGAGGCUUGUGCGUUUUUAUUGGCAUAUCCAGAGACGAUACCAAGAAAGAUAUGGAGUUCAUAGCGCGGAAGAUCCUGAGCUUGCGGCUGUUCGAGGACGCCACGGGCAGGAAGUGGGGGGCAGGGGCCAAGGACAGGCGCCUGGAGGUCCUGUGCGUCAGCCAGUUCACGCUCUGCUCCGCGCUCAAAGGGAACAAGCUGGACUUCCACGAUGCGAUGCCCUCCGACCGGUCGCAGCAGUUCUACGACGAGUUCCUGGCGUUGCUGAGGAGCAACUACGAGGCGGACCUGGUCAAAGAUGGUAAGUUUGGGGCUUACAUGGAGGUAAACAUAGUAAACGACGGUCCAGUGACAGUCGAAAUUGAAUCUCCUCGACGCAACAAACCAGCUGAUCAACAGGAAGAUUAAAGUCUGAUCACGUCUGUUUGAACUUUAUAAGUUAAAACCUAUUGUCUUUUGUGUAAACCCUUUAAGAAUUGUAGCAAUGCCUGAACUACGGAAGAGAAAAUUCAGUGACAGCAAAGACGAAUCCCCGGACUCAGAAAGUGAGUCAAAACUCGAAGAUGGCGACUCCGAAGACAAGUCACCAGACGAGAAAGGGGACAGUAAGUUUCCCACAGUAGUCCCUAAGGGAACAGAUAAGAUACCAAAGGUCUUGGAUCCAUAUUUGCAGCGUCUGUCAUCACGAUGGAGGAAUUGGGUGGUGCGUGGCAUUUUCACAGUCUUCAUGAUCACUGGUUUCUGUUUUGUGAUAUACCAGGGACCUCUAGCUCUGAUGAUGAUCACGCUGAUAAUCCAAGUGAAGUGCUACCAGGAGAUAAUCGAUAUUGGCUACACUGUGUAUCGCAUACAUGGCCUGCCAUGGUUUCGCUCCUUGUCCUGGUAUUUUCUUCUGACCACCAACUACUUCUGUUAUGGAGAGAGUUUAAUAGAUUAUUUUAGUGUCCUGAUCAAUCGAGUUAACUAUCUUCAGUUCCUAGUGGUUCACCACAGGUUCAUCUCAUUCUUCUUGUAUCUGAUUGGCUUCAUCUGGUUUGUGCUGUCUCUGGUGAAGAAAUAUUACAUGAAGCAGUUCUCGCUUUUUGCCUGGACUCACGUUGCCCUGUUUAUCAUUGUGACAGAGAGCUACCUUAUAAUUCAAAACUUGUUUGAGGGCCUCAUUUGGUUCCUCGUGCCAGUUUCCAUGGUCAUAUGCAACGACAUGAUGGCGUAUGUUUUUGGAUUUUUCUUUGGCAGAACACCGCUUAUCAAACUUUCACCAAAGAAGACGUGGGAAGGGUUUAUCGGGGGAGGAAUCUCGACCAUCAUAUUUGGGUUGGUGAUGUCUUACAUCAUGUGCCAGUUCAAGUUUUUCAUCUGCCCAAUCGAGUACAAUGAGACUCUGGAGCAAAUGACCCUAGAUUGUGAGCCUUCGCCACUGUUUCAGCUACAGGAGUACUCUCUACCUUGGGGGUUGUUUGGUGUCAAGUCGGUACGAUUGUAUCCGUUCCUUCUCCAUUCCCUCGCGAUGUCUAUGUUCAGUUCCAUCAUCGGUCCGUUUGGCGGGUUUUUUGCCAGCGGUUUUAAGAGGGCGUUCAAGAUCAAGGAUUUUGGUGAUGUCAUCCCGGGCCACGGAGGAAUAGUCGAUCGCUUUGACUGUCAGUUCUUGAUGGCCACGUUUGUCAAUGUCUACAUAACCAGCUUCAUUCGAGUGCCCUCCCCGCAGAAGUUGCUGCAGAAUGUGUACAGUCUCAAACCUGAGAACCAGGUGCAGUUCUUCAUGACCCUUAAGGAGUCUCUUGAAAGUCGUGGCUUGCUGUAUCCACAGUGAUGCUGUCAAACGCUUGUGGAGUAAGUGUUCUUUUUUGGAACUUUACUUGUUUUUUUGUUGUUGUUACAUUCCACAUAUGCACUAUUAAAAAAUGUGUUGUGCCUUCCUGAAUUUUAUAACAGUUAAACAUAUACUAUAUAUUUUACCAGAUAUACUUGCACAAAUAGAUUGAUUUUUUAUUGUGUUCACCAAAGUUCUUAAUUAUAUUGAAUCUGAGUAGGUGUGUAUAGUUUAUAGUUAUGUAAUUUUUAAAAAAAAAAUUGUAAUUUAUAAUUUUGUUGUCACUAAGUUGUUGUUGUUGUUGUUGUUAUAAGUGUGUUGAUUUGUGGAUUUGUGAAUGCUUUUGCAAUUAUAAUAUAAAGUGGAUUUUACAUUGACACUGCUUGUGCCUCUAGGUUAAAUUUAAAACUUUGACUAACGUCAGUGUAAUUGGUUAGUAGUUACAUUUUGAAGAGAAUGUCUAGGAAAAAAUGGGGAUGUUUGCAGUAAAGUUGGCAUUCUUUAAUUCAACAUUCUUUGGUUCUGCCAAUUCUGUUAUCCAGCAGCGCCGAUAGUGCCACACACAUUUGAAUUUUUUUGCCAGUGGACUCGUUUUUUAUAGUGGGUUACAUAUAACAUUUACACAAUUUAGCAACUGUGUAGAAUGUACAGCCAUAGAAUAGCUAAUUACGUGUUUCAAAUAUUGUUUUGUACUGUAUGGUAUAUUUUUUGGUGUUUUCUUAAAAAAUAUAUGGACAUUCAAUAAUCUGGCAAAAUCGGUUAUGCUGGAUUUAAGAGCCUUUACUUUAGUAGGCUCUACAGCCAACAGUUGGAGAAAAGUCUCAAUUCAAAUAUUGCUAUUUUAAAUGUUAAUUAAAUUAUUAUUGUGUAAAGUGGUUCAUGAUUUUCUUUUUUCUUGUGAAAUAAUGUAACAUGUAGUACCUCUGUAGCAUUUUCACAUUCAAAUACUGUUUCCUUGUAUAUGAAGCUUCACUUUUACUUUGGUUAACUAUUUAGUUUUUUAAGCAUAAUGUGCAAUUUACUGUUACUUUUGUUCACAAAAAAAAAGAAAGCAAUUAUUCUUUCAGUCCCACCCAAACCUGCGAGCAAUAAAUCAAAGCUUGACUCUGAGAGCUAAAAUUCUU